GCCAGGAUGGUCUCGAUCUCUUGAUCUCAUGAUCCACCCACCUCGGCCUCCCAAAGCACAGGGAUUACAGGUGUGAGCCACCGCACCCAGCUGAGGCUUUGGAUUUUAAUUCUAGGUGUGUUGAGAAACCACUGGAGUUUUUGAGCAACUAAGGCACAUGAUUUGAUUUACAUUUUAAGACUCACCGUGGCUUUUCAUGGAGAAAGAUUGUAGUGGGUAAAUGGAGAAGCAGGGAGUCAGUGGAGAAGCCAUUGCCAUGCAGGUGACGAUGGGGGCUCAGGCAGGGUGGUUGCAGCAAUGAUGGUGAGCAGCAAUGGUUUCUGGAUAUAUUUUGAAUGGAAUUUCAUGAUGGAGUGGAGGCGGAGUGAGGGUGCAAGCUUUCUAGAAUGAACUCAAAGUCGCUGGCUUGAACUUUUGAGUAGGCGGUAGUGCCAUUAUUGAGGCUGAAGACUGAGGGAGGAGCAGACUGGGGCAGAGUGGAAGGAAUAUGAGUCAAGACCUUUGUUUUGGACAUGUUAACUUCAAGAUACCAGCCAGGCGCGGUGGGUCACGCCUGUAAUCCCAGCACUUUGGGAGGCCAAGGCAGGAGGAUUGCUUAAGCUCAUGAGUUCAAGACCAGCCUGGGCAACAUAGUGAAACCCUGUCUCUACAAAAAGUACAAAAAAAAUUAGCCAAGCCUGGUGGUGUGUGUCUAUAGUCCCAGCUACUCAGGAGGCUGAGGUGGGAGGAUAGCUUGAGCAGGGGACGUAAAGAUUACAGAGAGCCUAGAUCACUCCACUGCACUCUAAUCCGGGCUGCAGAGCUAAACCAUGUCUCAAAAAAAAAAAAAAAAAAAAGAUUGAGAUGCUUUGGCCGGGCAUGGUGGCUCACACCUGUAAUCCCAGCACUUUGGGAGGCAGGGGUGGGUGGAUCACAUGAGGUCAGGAGUUUGAGACCAACCUGGCCAACAUGGUGAAACCCAGUCUCUACUAAAAAUACAAAAAUUAGCCAGGCGCGGUGGUGGGUGCCUGUAAUCCCAGCUACUCAGGAGGCUGAGGCAGGAGAAUCGCUUGAACCAGAAAGUGGAGGUUGCAGUUAGCCGAGAUUGUGCCAUUGCACUCCAGCCUAGGCAACAGAGUGAGACUCUUUCUUAAAAAAUAAAUAAAUAAAUAAAGAUUGAGAUGCCUCUAGACAUCUGACUAGUGAAUUGUCAAGGAAGCAGUUAAAUAUUUAAAUCCAGAGUUCAGGAAAAAAUCAGAACUAGGCUGGGCGCAGUGGCUCAUGCCUGUAAUCCCAGCACUUUGGGAGGCCGAGGCAGGCAGAUCACUUGAGGUCAGGAGUUCGAGACCAGCCUGGCCAACAUGGUGAAACCCCAUCUCUACUUAAAAAAAUACAAAAAUUAGCCGGGUAUGGUGGCAGGCGCCUAUAGUCCCAGGUACUCAGGAGGCUGAGGUGGGACUGUCACUUGAACCUGGGAGGCAGAGGUUGCAAUGAGUUGAGAUAGCACCACUGCACUCCAGCCUGGGUGACAGAGCAAGACUCUGUCUCAGAAAAAAAAAAAAAAAAAAAAAAGAAAGAAAGAAAAAAAAAGGAGAAUCAGAACUAGAGAGAGAGAUUUGGGAACUGACAAGUAUAGUUGGUUAAACCAUUAAAAUGGUAGCAAUCAACUAAAGAACAAGUACGUGUAGACAGAAGCCCAAAGACUAAGCCCUGGGAUAGGCCUGUGUUUAAGGAUAAAGAGAGGAGGAAAAUCCAGCACAAGAGAUGGAGGAAGAGCAGUCAGUGAGCUAGAAGGAAAACCAAGAGUUCCUAAAGCCAAAUGGGGAACAUGAGUGCACCAAAUUCUUCAGAAGAGUUGAAUAAGAUGAGGAUGAGGAACUCAUCACUGGCUUUGGCACAUAGAGGUCACUGGUCCACGGUUUCACUGAAGUGUUGGGAUGAGAGCCUGUUUGGAACGGGCUCAAAAGAGAACAGGAAGAGGAGUGGAGACAAGGAGUCCAGACAACUCUUUCAAAGAGUUUAGCUGAAAAGGGGUACAAAGAAAUAGGACUGUAUCUGGACACGGUAUAUGGUCAAGAGAGGGAGCUCUUGCAGCUGGCAAGCGUUCUGAAGUGCUCUGUGGUGGGACACUUAGGUUACUAUUAGCACAAUUAUUUUGCUGUUAUAAAUAGUGCUGCUGAAUGAAGGCCACAUCAGGAUCUUGUUUUUGAAAAGUAAUGUCCUUGUUCUGGGUAUGAUCCUGCUGAUCAUGAAUUGGUUCCACAUUUCUAUUUUGUUCAAGAUGGAAGGCUUUGAUACUGUGCACUCAGGUUUUCUCUGGUCAACACUUCCAGAUCCUCUGCAUUUCAGAGCCCACAGAGAACCCCUGAGGCCCCUGGGCUCAGUUCCCUCCCUGACCAACUUUCUGGGCCCUAGCCCCAUGUGUCCCUCCCCUGUAGUAUACUGUAGCCACACAAAGUUUGAGAAGGGCAGGGGCUGUGGGCCCAUCAACUCCUUUAUUCCUGAGAACACCUGCCCACCCCUUGGGAUCCUGGGGAGAGGAAGGGACCCUGUGAGAACCUAAUGACCGCCCCAGGCAGCAAGGCCUUCAUGAGCCAGGGUGCUCUCUGGAACCGUUUCUUACACAGCAGAAGAGUCAUGGGCCAACCAGGCCUGCCCUGAGGACUGGGCCAGAGCCCUUGAGGGGCCCGCAGGGAAAGGCCCAAAGGACCAAGUGCUCAGUAAAGACCAAGGCAGGCUGGACUGAGCUGGACACCCAGGCUCCAGGUUCCUUCCUCUGAAACAUCUGCAGGUUUUUGGGAGGCGAAAGGCUCUCAGCUGCCAUGGCUGAUGUCUGUGGGACUUUUUCUUCAGCUCCAGAUGGUCUACACAGGGUUCAUAUACACAGGCCCCCUAGACGCACGCAUGCGCACACGCGUGCACACGCGCGCACACACACACACAGACACACACAUACACACACACCCCAGAGUAAAUUCACUGAUAUACACCAAUAUGAACACAGACACACAAUGACUUACCUAUACACACAUAUUAACAGACACCCAUACUGCUCUGAACACACACCUUCAGACAGCCACACAGACUCACACUCACCCACAUACACACACACUGACACAGCACAUUCACAUACAAAGAUACACACUGAUAUGUACUACACAGAGACACGCUGAAACACAUCCAUAUACACACCACACACACUGAGAUACAGUGACGCACACAGUCACAGAUGCACAGACAUAUGCUGAUGUAAAUGUACAAAUGUGGUCACACUGACACGUACAUGCAAUCAUCUACGCAGACUCAUACAAACGGACACAAAUACCUGAAAUACAGAGCCACAGACAGACACACACGGAAGCACUCUAUGCACAAAACACUCACACAGUACACACCAUGCCGCACACACCCUGACCCAAACAGUCUAACAAGCCCUGAGGGUCUCCAGGGCUGCCCUGGGGCUACUGCCCACCCUCCCACCGUCCCUGCUAGGGUGAGAUGGUGUUCCCCAGGGAACAGAAGUCUCCAGUCCCAUCUUAAGCUCUGCUGGAUCCCGCGUGACAUCAACUAGCCCCCUUGCAGCUGCCGGGAGCUGUGAGCUCUGUGCUGGGGCCAGGCCGGCACCGGGCACAGACACUUAGGCCCUUGUUGGGAGAACAGAGAGAGGCUCUCUUGUCCACUGCCUGUCUUCGAUUCCAACUGCUGGUUCUCCUAGAGGCCUCUCCUCAGACUCGCAGGUAUGUGAGACCAGGGAGGCCAGGUCCUGGCCGAAGGGCCAUUGGGGUCAGCCCACCCCAGGAGAGGGUGUGGCAGUGUUGUGGGCUGUUUGCAGGAGCACACAUGUCUGGCAUUGGCUAGGGGCAGGCUGCGCUUCCUUAGCAGUUCUGCAGCUUGCUCUUAAAGCUUGGCAGGGCUGGGGGAUCCUCUCAGUUCCCCUUCGCUUUCUCUGUUCCCAAGAAGGCCUUGAGGUUGGUGCCUCCAGGACCCCCCCGCCUUGUAAAGACAGGAAAUCUCUACUCAGAGAGGCUGGGCUGCAGCCCAGGCCCCACAGUGGGCCAAGACUAAGGUCUUGAGAUGCACAGCAACUGGGCUCUCAGGUGAGAUCUCUGCUCUCAGCCUUUGCCAAGCAAGGAUGAGACUGUGGGGCCCCAGGCAAUCUGUGGCGGGGCCUGGGCACCCUGGCCUCCUCUCCCCUGCAGGGUGGAAGCAAGGAAGACACUAUUCCUGGCCGCAUAGAUCAGCUGGUCACACCUUCUGUCGUUUGGCCCCGAAUAGAUAUUGGCCAGUCUUGAGUCUCUCUGUGGCCCCAGCCCAAGGCUUCCAGGGCAGCUGCCUUUCCUGAGGCGUUUGGCAGAAUUCCUUGUGGCAAGGAGAUCAUAGCACAGAGCCCAGCUGGGAGUGCGCACAGUAAUUCAGGCUUGCCAUUGUUCCUCUAUGGGAGUCCGGAGAGCCCAGCCUGCGCUUCACAAGGCUAUGUGGCCUUAGGAAGGUCCUUUUUUAGGCCACAGGCCUUCCACCUGUGAAAUGGGGGAUGGGUUCAGACUUUAUGCCCUGAAAAGGUCCUUCCAGCCCUGGCCAUCUUGGACUUCUGGAGCUACCCUGGCUCACAGGGGUCUUGUUGCCCUGGGUGUCCCCAGUUCUUGAGAAGAAUCAGCCUGGGAGGGGCCACACCCAUCCCCCUUUAUCCCUUCUGAGAUGUUUGUUAGGAAGUCUGGGUCCAGGGGAUAUCAUUUCUUGUUCCAUCCGUGCAGGGGUUGCUUUACCUCUGGGGUAGGAAACCCUCAGGUGGUGGCACAUGCACAGGUAGGGGAGGAUGGAGAGGGCAGUGGUGCCUGAAGCCCUGGAUGGGCGGAGCUGACCCCCCAACACCAGCUCUCUCAUGCCUGCUCCUCCCUGUCCCCCCAGAGCUGCCUGAUCAUUGCUGCAGAAUGAACUCUAGCCCAGCUGGGACCCCCAGUCCACAGCCCUCCAGGGCCAAUGGGAACAUCAACCUGGGGCCUUCAGCCAAUCCAAAUGCCCGGCCCACGGACUUCGACUUCCUCAAAGUCAUCGGCAAAGGGAACUACGGGAAGGUCCUACUGGCCAAGCGCAAGUCUGAUGGGACGUUCUAUGCAGUGAAGGUGCUGCAGAAAAAGUCCAUCUUAAAGAAGAAAGAGCAGAGCCACAUCAUGGCAGAACGCAGUGUGCUUCUGAAGAAUGUGCGGCACCCCUUCCUCGUGGGCCUGCGCUACUCCUUCCAGACACCUGAGAAGCUCUACUUCGUGCUCGACUAUGUCAACGGGGGAGAGCUCUUCUUCCACCUGCAGCGGGAGCGCCGGUUCCUGGAGCCCCGGGCCAGGUUCUACGCUGCUGAGGUGGCCAGCGCCAUUGGCUACCUGCACUCCCUCAACAUCAUUUACAGGGACCUGAAACCAGAGAACAUUCUCUUGGACUGCCAGGGACACGUGGUGCUGACGGAUUUUGGCCUCUGCAAGGAAGGUGUAGAGCCUGAAGAGACCACAUCCACGUUCUGUGGUACCCCUGAGUACUUGGCACCUGAAGUGCUUCGGAAAGAGCCUUAUGAUCGAGCAGUGGACUGGUGGUGCUUGGGGGCAGUCCUCUACGAGAUGCUCCAUGGCCUGCCGCCCUUCUACAGCCAAGACGUAUCCCAGAUGUAUGAGAACAUUCUGCACCAGCCGCUACAGAUCCCCGGGGGCCGGACGGUGGCCGCCUGUGACCUCCUGCAAAGCCUUCUCCACAAGGACCAGAGGCAGCGUCUGGGCUCCAAAGCAGACUUUCUUGAGAUUAAGAACCAUGUAUUCUUCAGCCCCAUAAACUGGGAUGACCUGUACCACAAGAGGCUAACUCCACCCUUCAACCCAAAUGUGGCAGGACCUGCUGACUUGAAGCAUUUUGACCCAGAGUUCACCCAGGAAGCUGUGUCCAAGUCCAUUGGCUGUACCCCUGACACUGUGGCCAGCAGCUCUGGGGCCUCAAGUGCAUUCCUGGGAUUUUCUUAUGCGCCAGAGGAUGAUGACAUCUUGGAUUGCUAGAAGAGAAGCACCUGUGAAACUACUGAGGCCAGCUGGUAUUAGUAAGGAAUUACCUUCAGCUGCUAGGAAGAGCGACUCAAACUAACAAUGGCUUAAACGAGAAGCAAGUUUAUUUUUUCCACCACAUAAAAGAAAAAUAAUGUUAUGGAGUCCAGGGCUGGCAGGACAGGUCAUCAGAUACUCAGAGGCUAUAUUUCUGCCCUGCCAACCUUGACAAAUGGCUUCCAAUGUUAGGUUUGCUACAAGAUGGUUACUGGAGCUCUAGCUGCCAAUUUUGUGUUUGGGGAAGGGAAAAUGGAGGAAAGGGGAGAAGAGCAAAGGGCACUUUUAAAGAGCUUUCCCAAAAACUCCACCCAGUGACUUCUGCUUCCAUCUCACUAACCACCCACCCCUACCUGGAAUGGAGGCUGGGAGAUGUGCUGGGUACGUGACUAUCCCUAAUAACAAAGGGGUUCUGACACUAAAGGAGAAGGGGAGAAUGUUGGGUAGGCAGCCAGCACUCUUUACCAGAGGGCCUCCUGGUGUUUGGAUUUUGAUCUCAAUGUGUAAAAUGACAGAGAUGUAACAAGCUCAUAGGGUAUCAAUAUCUCUUAUUGUUCUA